AUGGGCAAGGUGGCCGGCGUGUUGCGAGACAUCCUGACGGACGAUGGGACAGGAUCCACGGCGCCCAUCCUCCAGGAGGCGAUAGAGGGUUCGGCCUACCUGGCUAGGCGCCACACGGAGCCGUUCAGGAUCGCGACGUUCAUGCGCACGAAGGCCGUCAAGCGGCGCGUCGAGGAGAUAUGCGUGGUCUUGGACGUCGUCGUCGGGGGCCGCAAUGUGGGGAUAAGGACGCGAAUAGAUGAGGAGAGCCUGAAUGGAGACAGGAGGGAUCUGAGGAGAUUUCUGACAUGCAUCUGGGAGGGCAAGAGCGGUGCGGAGGGGCUGGGGGAGGGCCUGCGCAGUGAGCUGCGUGGGCUGAUCCGCGAGCACGAGGAGCGAAUGGGUGCCAUCAAUUUCAUUCUUGAUGAGGACGUUCGGGGGCGCAGGCCCCUGGCGCAGGGGGGGAAUCUCUUCGGGGCGAGGUGGGAGGGGCGCGGCGUGGCGGUGAAGGACCUCGGGGAGGACCAGGACGCCGAGGCGAUGGCCGACGCGUUCGCCGAGGUGGAGACUUACCUGCAGCUGAGGCACCCGUCCGUGGUGCAGCUGUGGGGCCUGACCUACUGCAACAAGCUCGUCAUGGAGAUGCCGUCGUCGGACCUGCGGAGCCUGUGGAUGGGAUCCCCGAACAUGGGCUGCAUUGAGAGAGCGCAUCUGAUCAUGGACGCUGCUGGGGGCCUAGAGCACUUGCACCGAAAGGGGGUGGUGCACAUGAACGUGACAUGCGCCAAUUUCUGGGUUUUUGAAGAUUCUGCAGCUGGCAGCCGGGUUGUGAAGAUUGCAGAUUUGGCGCUGGCACGAGCUGCUGGAGGGAUGGCAUUUGAUACGGCCAAGAUGGGGGAUGGAGACCUUGUGUACAUGGCCCCAGAAGUUCACAGAGGACAACCCCACGAUUUUGCGUCUGACACUUUCGGCUUCGGGGUGAUCAUGUAUGAAGUCAUGGGAGGGGCACCGCCCUAUGCUGGCUGUAAGACCAAGGACAUGGUGGCGAUGAAGGGAAGUGGGGAAGAGCCCUGCGGUGGUGGCCCGCAAUGGCCUGGCUCGUGGCCAGACUCCAGCGAUGAGAACGACCUUGCAGGCCUGCUGGCAUUGAUGCACAGCUGCAUCGAACCUGACCCGUGCAAGCGACCCACCAUGAGUGAGGUGGUCUUGGGUUUGCGCCGCAUCUUCACGCCCUUGCUGGCUGCAGAGGGAGCCACAAACCCUCCUGAGAGGCAUUCCCAGCAUCAAGAAGUUCAGGGCCACAGGUUGAUGGUGGCAGCCAGCAGCGGCAGUGAUGUAGAAGUGAGAGAACUCCUGAGUCGAGGCGUGAGCCCCGACCUGGUGUUGAACGAGAAAGGUGAAACUGCGUUACUUGUGUCGUCACGCGGUGGACACAAUGGUGUCGUGGAUGUAUUGCUCAAUGCAGGUGCCAACGUUGAUUGCAGAGACAAUAACGAAUGGACUCCCCUGAUGCAUGCUGCUAAGGGAGGUCAUCACGGUAUUGUUGCGAAAUUGGUGCAACUUUGGCGGGCCAAUGCAAAUGCAAGCGACAUGAUUGGCUGGACUCCCCUCAUGCUGGCCGCCCAAGCGGGUCACCGUGAAAUAGUCAGCCUGUUGGUAAACGGCGGGGGAACAGUAGGGAUGGCGCGCCAGGACGGCAGAACGGCCCUCAUGGACGCUGCGCAAUUCAAGCACGCCGACAUCGUGUCCCUUCUGGGGGCGGCUGGUGCCAUUGACAGGCAGGACACGGAGGGCAACACGGCGCUUCACAUCGCGGCAGGCGUCGGCUGCAUGCCUGCCGUUAGGAAGCUGCUGACAGCUGGAGCUUACGUUCUCCAGAAGAACAAAAUGCAACAGACUGCCGCUGACGUCGCCUGUGAUGAUGAAAUCGCCAGGCUGUUGUGGCAGUGCGCAAAGUACAAGUGUGCGGACGACUGGGCAUGGCUCAAUCGCAAGGAAAAUGUGGAGCAAGAGGCGAAGGCGUGGCAAGAUGUGCUCGACUUAAAGGUGACGCCACGCAUGGAAAGUGCCAAAGUGAACGUGUGGCAGAGGGCGGCAAGGGUUGGUGACAUGGAAGAGCUGGGGAGGCUUCUGGACGAUGGCCAAGAUCCAAAUGCCGUCAUGGGUGCAGCAGAGCUGACGGCCCUGAUGCGGGCAGCACAGAGCGGCCGUGUGGCUGCGACGCGGCUCCUCAUCCAGAGGGGCGCCGCCGUCAACGCCACAAACAAGGAAGGAUUGUCGGCGCUGUACCUGGCCCUUCAGGAAGGGUGUAUGGGCGCGGCCCUGGCGCUGAUCGACGGUGGCGCCAGUGUCAAUGCCCACCGCCAGGGAAAGAACCCACCUUUGGUGGCCGCAGCCGCAAACGGUCAUAUGGACGCUGUGGAGUUCCUGCUUGAGCAUGGAGCCGACACCGAAGCGCGUGGCAAGGAAGGGAACACCGCCAUCAUUGCGGCGUGCAAGUCGUCUGGCGGCAGAGAUUUUCCGAAUCAGGACAUCGUGGAUGCAUUGCGUCGAGCUGGGGCAAGCUUGGACUCCCAGGAUGAGUUGGGAUGGACAGCCCUCCACGUGGUGACCGACGCAGACAGCCACCAAUUCAGGCCGCAGGCGGUGCGCUACUUUGUCGAGCGUGGCGCUCGCCUGGACAUCAGAACAAAUGGAAUGGAUUUGCCCCUUCAUUUCGCCGCAAGAAGGGGUUGCUCGGAUGCCGUGAGAAUACUGGUGGAUGCGGGGUGCAGUGUGGACGACCAGAACGCGGGCGGCUGGACGCCCCUGCAUUGGGCGGCGGAGAAUGGUGACCUUGACAUUCUUCAGAGACUCAUUGGCUCUGGUGCCACAAUAGACGUCGGAAAUCGGGGAGGCCUGACCGCUCUGAUGCUCGCGGUUAGAAAGGGUCACAUCGGCGUCGUGAACGCGCUUCUCGCCAAUGGUGCCGAUGCUAGGGCGACGUCAGCGGAGGGGAGGACGGCUCUGAUGGAUGCGUGCAGCAGAGCGUCGCUCGACCUGGUCGAGGCCCUCAUCGCUUCUGGUGCGAAUCUGGACGUCCAGGACAAGGACGGCGACACCGCUCUGAGUCACCUCGCCGCUUCUGAGGGCGUCUCACCAUACGUCUGUUCUACGAUGGUAGCGAGACUCCUGACCAGAAAGGCAGAUCCCAAUAUUAUGAACAAGGCCAGGGAGACACCGUUGCACAAGGCCGCCCAGAAAGGCAAUCUCGAUGUGGCGGAGCUACUCAUCAGUGCUGGCGCCCAUGUGAACGUUCAUGACAAUAGUGGAAAUACGGCUUUGCUUGCAGCUGUCCUCAGCGAAAAGGAUCACCUGGUAAACACCCUCCUGCGUGCCGGCGAAAAUCCUUCGGCGACGAACCAUGAGGGCAAGAGCGCUCUGCACCAGGCUGCUCAUGCCGGAAGCUACAACGCUGUGAAGUCUCUGCUUGACGCUGGCGCCGAUGUGGAAGCCAGAAACGCGAAAGGAUGGACCCCAUUGAUGGCUGCCGUGGUCAGCCAGCGUCCGGAUUUUGUGGAUAUUCUCAUCCAAUACGGUGCCAAUGCGAAGGCUCGACGACCGGACGGGAAGAGUGUCCUCAUGGCUGCCUGCUGCUGCCGACAGCAUGAAGACAAUUCGUUCAGAAUUGCCAGUUCCCUGUUGCGCGCUGGCGCGGAGGCAAAUCUACAGGACCAGGACGGAGAUACUGCACUUCACGAAGCAGCGUUUUGGGGUGCAAAAGGAAUCGUGGGGGCAAUCCUGCAACACGGGGCUCAUGCCGUUGUCAGAAACAAGGAAGGCAACACUGCUCUUCACGUAGCGGUGCACCGCAAUCACCGCGAGGCCGCCAAUGUGCUGCUUCGGUGGGGAGCCGACAAAUACAUUAGGAACAAUGCGGGACAGACGCCAAUCGAACUAGCGAGUGAUGAGGGUAACUUGGCAUUCGCGCGGGCGCUGACCUCCGAGUGA